UUCCCUUUGUGACGAUCGGCCAUUUCGACCGCACCGGCGUCGUGUGAAAGCGCUGCUUGCUGCACGACAUUGUAGCCCCUGUAACAACGCCACCUUAAACCACCAUACAACGAUGAGUGAGACCGCAAUUUCAUUCGCCAAGGACUUCUUGGCUGGUGGCGUUGCCGCUGCCAUUUCCAAAACAGCCGUCGCCCCCAUCGAGAGAGUCAAGCUCCUUCUUCAGGUGCAGCACGCCAGCAAGCAGAUCACAGCUGAUAAGCAGUACAAGGGCAUUGUGGACUGUGUAGUCCGUAUUCCCAAGGAGCAGGGAUUCAUGUCCUUCUGGAGAGGAAAUCUGGCCAACGUCAUCAGAUACUUCCCCACCCAGGCCCUCAACUUUGCGUUCAAAGACAAGUACAAGAAGGUCUUUCUGGAUGGUGUCGACAAGCGCACCCAGUUCUGGCGGUACUUCGCUGGUAACCUGGCCUCCGGUGGUGCCGCCGGUGCCACCUCUCUGUGCUUCGUGUACCCCCUCGACUUUGCCAGAACCCGUCUGGCUGCCGACGUGGGCAAAGCCGGCGCUGAGAGGGAGUUCAGUGGUCUGGGCAACUGCUUGGUGAAGAUCUCCAAGUCCGAUGGCAUCAGGGGGCUGUACCAGGGCUUCAAUGUGUCAGUGCAGGGCAUCAUCAUCUACAGGGCCGCCUAUUUCGGCAUCUAUGACACGGCUAAGGGUAUGCUGCCGGAUCCCAAGAACACUCACAUCGUCGUCAGCUGGAUGAUCGCUCAGACCGUCACUGCUGUCGCUGGCCUCACAUCCUACCCCUUCGACACCGUCCGUCGUCGUAUGAUGAUGCAGUCUGGUCGCAAAGGAGCUGACAUCAUGUACAGCGGCACUAUUGACUGCUGGAGGAAGAUCGCCCGCGACGAGGGUGGCAAGGCCUUCUUCAAGGGAGCCUGGUCCAACGUUCUCCGAGGCAUGGGUGGUGCCUUCGUGCUGGUCUUGUACGAUGAACUGAAGAAGGUCAUCUAAACCUUUGUCAAUGUCCACCGUUAAUGUUGUUAAAAUGAUGUUAACUGUAACAUAUCUUGUACAUUUGGAAGGACUGUCAAAUUCCGCCUUAUUUAUAGGGACCAACUAGUGCUCACUGCUAGUUGUACUGGGGGAAUGUGCGUUUUCUUUUGCCCUUCUCUCCUUUUUUUCCCCCCCCCAUCACCAUGUCAUUCCCACUGAGUUACC